CUUAAUCUUUACCUUAUCCUAUUUAAAAGGUUACAAAGUACAAACUUUGUCCAAAACUUCAAAUGUACUGUACAUACAAUAAUGAGCAAAGAAGUUUACACUUAUUACGCCCUAAUUGGAGGUGCUUGCGGCUCAUUGGGAAGCACACUUGGAAAGUUUGCCGGAAAAACUGAUUAUUGGAUAAUCACCAUAGGGCUUCUCGUUGCGAUGGUGUUGGUCAAUACGUUUGGAGUUAUGCUGUUUACAAAAAGCCUUAAUUUUGCCCCUUCUUCGCUGCAGCCUGUGCUCUUUUCGACAGCGUCUUCAUACAUUUCAUCUGCGAUACUUGGCAUCGUGUUCUUCGACGAGGCCCUGUCUUAUCUCUGGUGCCUUGGGACGUUGCUCGUCAUCCUAGGCAUGCUAUUUUUACACCUCAACAAGGAGAAAGUCGAUUAGGCCAUGUACAAAAACCAAUUCUUCUGUGAUAAAGAGUAUUAUGUUAUGUAUUAUGUUAUCAAAUGUCUUAUUCCUAUAUAUAUUUAAAACAGAAAUAGAAAACUUUAAUUGAUAUUGA